GGAGUCGACGAGUGGAAGAUGAAAUUUCUGGGCGUUCCGGAUUGGAUUGUCUUGGCGGUGACAGCACUGGCCCUCUUGUACAUGUAUGCGGCCAGGUACAGAAAUUACUGGAAAAAGCAGAAUGUUGUCCACGAAAACUUUUCUCUCAUAUUUUCGGCUGUAAGGCGAAUGAUGCCUAGGCCGUCCCAUCUCAGGGAUCAAGACAGGUACCUUCGAUUUGGCAAGGUAUUCGGUGCCUAUGAGGACGGGAAACCCAUGCUCUUCGUGGCUGAUCCCGAGUUGGUGAGGCUCGUUCUCGUCAAAGACUUCCCUUCCUUGCCAAAUAGGAGGAUUAUCAACUUCUUCGAUCCACUUUUGGACAACAUGCUGACCAUUGCACCUGCUGAGAAAUGGAGGAGGAUCCGCCCAGCAGCAAGCCCAGCGUUUUCUACGGGAAAGCUUCGCAAGAUGUAUUUUUUGAUCGCUGACUGUGCUCGGAAAACAGCUGAACAUUUGAAAGAAACAGCCGAAAAAGAGGGAGAACUAGACCUCAAACAGUUUUACGGAAACUACUCUUUGGAUGUAAUUACGAGGUGCGCAUUCAGCACCCGACUGGACUCGCACACUGAGACCAAUGAGUUUGUAACUAAAGUCAGGCAAGCCUUCGGAGGCAAGAUAACGCUGCGACUUGUCUUGUUCUUUUUGUUUCCUGGACUUGCCAAACUUUUGAAAAUAAGGGCCCUCAACAAAGAUAUAUAUCUUUACUUCAAGACUCUCAGCCUCCGGAUUAUUGAGUAUCGAAAGGAUACUCAAACUGUACGGGCAUACUUAAGUAUUAAGUUUUAG